AUGUGGAACUUGUUCCUUUCUCGCUUCUCGAAAGCAUGGGUGGUUGUACCCGUAACGAAUCUCGAUCUGUGUGACGAGGCUUUUGUUAGUGUCAUCAGCAAAAUGACAAGACAGGACCGCAUAUUCAAGGCAGGAAGCAAUUCUGGCGCAGUCAGCCACAGACAGCUACGGCAGUUGAGAACAAUCCCAUGGGUUCACGAUAACGGGCCCUCUGGGCUCUUGCACGUCAGAACAGCACGAUGGUGGAGCGGCCCGCAACUUGGUAGCGGUGAGGGCAGGGGCGGCUAG